AUGCCUCGCGUCGACGGUAGACGGCGAAGCUUUGGGGAAAUCGGAGGCGGUGACCAUGACAAAGAGACUUUCCUCGUCUUUGGCCCUUCGCAGGGCUCCGAGGAGCACGGCUGGCUUCUACAGACCUACGACACACAUGCCAGUUCAGCGCACAUUAUCGGACACAUUCAGAGAAGGGACUUCGCCUGCGUUGUUCUAGUAAACGCGCCGAUGAGAACAGAACGAUCGUACCACGGCGCUGUGGUAUCAGCCGGUGACAUUGUCGUUGGUGGCGGAUUUGAUAUACGAGGCCGCCUAGCCACCUGUGAAGCUUACGUGGUGAAUACCAAUGAGUAA